AGGACCGUGCCCGGGUCUCCCCCGCUCGCCGCCAGCCGAGCCGGGGGGCCGCGGGGCUUUAACCGUGUGCGGGGCGGAUUCGCCACUUUUUCCGGGGGAGGCCCGCGGUUAAAAGUUUUCUGCGGAGGUCACUAUCACAUGAUAAAGGCUUUGGGACAGCUUCAUCUUCGUCUGUCUGUCAUUUCCAUUUGCUUUCCUGGGCAUCAACUAACUACAUUUUACAAACAUUUCAGAACCAGUGCUACCUGCCCCCGUUUUGCAGAUGGCAGAGUAGACCCAGGGAUGUUCAGGUCACAGUAAUGAAAGGCAGUAGUAGGAAUAAGGAUCACUCGACAGAAGGAGAAGGAACUGGGAAGCGACCAAAAAGGAAGUGUCUUCAGUGGCAUCCCCUGCUUGCCAAGAAACUCCUUGACUUCUCUGAAGAGGAAGAAGAGGAAGAAGAAGAAGAAGAUAUUGAUAAGGUGCCGCUCCUUGGCCCUGAUGGUUUAGAGCAGGAUGCUGAUGAGACUGAAGAUGACGAGUCCUCAGAGCAACGAGCUCGCCGACCAAUGAAUGCAUUUCUCUUGUUCUGCAAACGCCACCGCUCUCUUGUGAGAAAAGAACACCCUCGCCUCGAUAAUCGUGGCGCAACCAAGAUCUUGGCAGAUUGGUGGUCUGUUCUAGAUCCAAAAGAAAAACAGAAAUACACUGACAUGGCCAAGGAGUACAAGGAUGCAUUUAUGAAAGCAAACCCAGGGUACAAGUGGUGCCCCACAACCAACAAACCUGUGAAAACCCAGACAUCCAGUGUUACGAACAGGAAAAAGUUAUGGGCCAUUGCAUCAGAUUCUGCAAAAGACUUACCGAGCCCAAGGAAAGUAACCAAAAGUGAAGAAAUGCCACAGCUUAACUUUGGGAUGGCAGAUCCUACACAAAUGGGAGGCCUAAGUAUGCUGCUUCUAGCAGGGGAACAUGCACUUACUGCACAAGAGGUUUCCUCCAGCACCUGCCAGUCUGAUGCAACUAAUUCUACAGAAGCCUGUCAGAAGUCAUCAUUGUUUCAGUUUGCAGAGAUCUCUUCAAACACAUCACAACCUGGAGUCCCGGGGGCAGUAAAACAAACGGAGGAGUCCGCAUUGUUUCAGUUUGCUGAGAUCUCAUCAAAUACUUCCCAGUUGCCAAGUCCUGAGCCAGUAAAGCACUGUGGGAAGUCGGCACUCUUCCAGUUGGCAGAGAUUUCUUCAAGUACAUCCCAUUCAGGGCCUUCUGAUUUAACAAAACAGUGUGGAACAUCAGCAUUAUUUCAGCUGGCAGAGAUGUGCCUUGCUUCAGAAGGAGUAAAAGUGAAAGAACCUGGGAAAACAAAAGUGGAAGCACUGGAAGAUCUGGGAGGGGAAGUUUCAGAGGAAAUGGAAGUAGAACUGGAGAAAACAACAGUAAAAGACUCCUGUAAAGGAAAAGUAGAACAAUCAGAGAUAGACAAAAUUCAAAAUUUGGAUGAAACAAAAACUGAGGAAUCAGAAACUGCAAAAUGCAGAGAUUUUACUAGUCUUGCAAUGGAAAACAGUCCUUUUGACAGAAAGGAUAAUACAAAGGAUCACAUGUGCUGUUCUCCAGAAUUUUUCCUGGGUGACAUGAAUAUCCUUGGGCUAAAGCCGGAAAAAAUAAAGAAGAAAAAGAAAAAAAAUAAGUUGGACCGGCACACAAAUGAAAAAUCCACCCCCAAGAAAUCUUGUAAAAAAAGGCAGUCCUCCGAGUCAGACAUUGAAAGUGUAAUGUACACAAUUGAAGCUGUUGCAAAGGGGGACUGGGGUGCUGAGAGACUCACGGAUACUCCCCGCAAAAAAAACCGCCCUGUCUCGAGUGUGAAGGGAAGCGUGUUGGAUACAAAAUCACCAAAGAAAAAAGUGAAAUCGAAAGAGAAGAAAACAUCGAAGGAAAAACUGAUGGAGACCACCAAAGAAUCAAAGCCUCCCGAUUUCCUUAGUAUUGCAGCCAGCAAGGAAGUACCGUGUGAGGCUUCUGAUAACAUUAAAGUGGAACCACUGACCCCGACAGAGGAGGUGGUACCCCAAAGCUUACCAGAACAGGUCAAAACUGAGGACAGUGACUGUGUUAAAAAGAUAGAAACCUGUGGCUCCAGGAAGUCAGAGAGAUCUUGCAAAGGUGCUCUUUAUAAAACUCUGGUGUCAGAGGGCAUGCUCACAUCUCUGCGCGCUAAUGUGGACAGAGGAAAAAGAAGCUCAGGAAAAGGCAACUCCUCAGAUCAUGAAGGAUGCUGGAAUGAAGAAAUCUGGGCCUUUUCCCCAAGUGGGACAAGUGGGAACAAAAAGCUGAAAAAGACUAAGCCAAAGGAAGAGUUUGUUUUUGGCUUAGCAAAAUUGGAAGAAGAAUUUGCAAAGAAAUUCAACAGCCUCCCUCAAUACAGUCCUAUUACCUUUGACAGGAAAAAUUCAGCUGUUCCGAGGAAAAAGCGAAAGAUGGGAAGCGGCUCAUGUGAACUACCAAAAUCCAACAAAGCCAUACUACUAGAAGACAGAAAUUCCAGUGAGUCUGCCUGGAAGAAUAAAAUUUCUAUAUCUGCCCUAAACACUCCAGAGCCAGCAAUGAUGCAUGAGCCUUUAGUUGGCAGCCAGAAAAGAAAAGCAAGGAAAACUAAGAUCACACAUCUUGUCCGAACAGCAGAUGGUCGAGUGUCACCAGCAGGAGGGACACUGGAGGAGAAGCCAAAAGAGCUGCCACAAAGUACUCUUCAAAAAACAUCAAGUGCAGAAACAGAUUACAACAGUGAAUGCUCCAGAAAUGCAGAGACGGAAGAAAAUCAUAGUAUUACAUCAGAUAUGCCAGCGGUGUCUGCAUUUUUUAGCUUAGCUGCUCUGGCGGAAGUAGCAGCCAUGGAAAAUGUGCACAGAAGUCAGAGGGCCACACCUCUCCCACACGAUGGACAGCCAAAUGAAAUGUCUCAGGCUCCAGUGCUUAUUUCCUGCGCUGACCAGUGAAGCUCUACUUUAUUGUAAAACAUUGUGCUUUACCUAAUAUCCUAGCCUUGUCUUUACCAAGGGAAGCUAGUCAGUCCAUAUGAUGGAACUAGAGACUGCAAUAAAGUGCUUAUUGCUCUGAGUGGCCCAGAAUUCACUGGAAGCCAGACGUUAGCAACUUGGGCCAGGUCCUCAAAUCGGAACCCAGUAUGUAGGAGGGUGAUAUUAAUUGUCUAUUAAUGAACAGAAAUGAAGUGGAAUGAUCCCAGAGCUUGCUUUCUAUUGAAGGCUUUUAAACAGUAAAUAGAUGGUUGGUGUGAAAAAGGCUGCCUUUACUGUUAGCUCACACAGCAUCUCUUUUACCAACCAGAGAGUACGGCAACUAGUUUCAUAUAAUACCUAGUUACUCUAAAUGAAAAUGAAAAAAGGAAAAAAAAAAACCAACAAAAACACUGACGCACUGCACUAGUUAUUAUUAGAUAUUCUUAGUCAUUUUUGUACAUGAAGAUUUAAGUUCUAAGAUGGUUUAUAUUAAUAGGGUAUGCCUACGUUUAUAUUGUAGAGUGAAUUUAAAACCUGUUCCAGAGAACUCAAGGCAGCCUGGACAGAUGUACCAUUGUUAGCGGUGUUUGGGCAGCCAUGUGGUCCAGAUGUUCUGCACUUUUAUAUUUGCCACCAGAGUGGUAGAGUUUACUGGGAAAAAUUCUGACAGGCUAUAUUUGGGUUUGUUUCUUUUUAAUUUAGCUUUGAAUAACCAGGAUGAUGUGCAUUAGAAAAAGGAGUGGUGUAUGGAAAAGCAAAUACUGCAGAUAAUUGACUUGUCUUUCAUGCCUUGAAGGGUUCCUUUAUUUUUGCAUAGAUACCUGAGCGACUUGGUGAAACUUUCCUGUAAACAAAAAGUACUGCAAAUGCGUUUUUCAAAAGUGACCUUAGUAUUAUUUCACCGUUCUGAAAAACCUAAAACCAUGACUUUUCGAUAUACGUGUACAUCAAUACACAUACAUUUUACAUUUUACAGACACUGGCAUUGUUGUAGUUACUAUGCACAGUCCAAAUCAGCUUCAGAGUUUGCAUAAAGGGCCAAUUACAGUUCGUGUUGGUCAAGUGGGCAAGUUGUAUACAGAUAAACUACAACCGAAGAAUAGCAUUUGACUGAAUUCAGACUACCAAACAGAUCCAUCUGCCAGUUUCUGUCUUUGCUUGUGUUGAAUUUUUGUGUUUUGCUCUCAUAAAUACAUCCCAAAAGCAGGCCAAAUGUAUCACUUGGCCUGUUAUCUUCACUAUCUUGACUUACACUCUUGUAUAACCAAGCAUUGAUUCCUACCAAUAGAUGCAAAAUGAUCACUAGUAAUUGAUCUAAAGCUACAAAUUCAACAGGGUACUUCUUCUAUAGCACAAGAUGUUUCCCUACUUUUUGCAUUGUAGCACAACAAUUUACCAAAUUGGACUCCAGCAAUAAUUUUCUAUUAGUCUUCGUCAUACCGGCUGAACUUUUGAUAGUAUUAGAUUGCGUUUGAAGUUCUUUGAAUUAAGUCUUUAAAUGAUGCGAGUUUACAUCAUUCUAUCAGGCAUUCUUAUUUAUACUUGACUGAAUUGAUAAUGUGUUUUGGGGUUAUUUUGUAACUAAUUUGAUGUAAUAGCCAUACGGACCGUAACUCUAUUAAUGCUUGCUAGGUUUAGCCUUUCAUUGUUGUAGUUAAGUGAAAGUCUCUGGUUCAGUGUCAGGAAACAAUAUACAGUGUACCACAUGAGUUUUAAGAAAGGAUUAAAGGUCUGACAAAAGGCAGGUAGCUGGGGAAGUGUCACUGAAACAGCACCAUUGAGGAUGCACGUGUUGAAAGAAGGGAACAACAGAAGAACAACAAAAUUUACAAGCCAAUGAGUCAGUGAAAAGGUUUUUUAAAAAAUUCAGGUAAAUAAGAGCCCCUAGAAUGCCAUUGCAGCCUAUGGCGGUAUUUGAAAUAAGAUUUUAUUGAAGUUUUAUAAGUUAUUUUAACAAGACAGGAAAAACUUAAAACUUGUGGGUCACAGCAGGGUGGCUGUUGGAGUUUUGGACCACUUUAUAAUUAGCUGAAAUCCAAAUAUGUUACAGUGCAGGCCGUUCACGUUGACAAUGGUACUAACUUAUUUCUCUAGAAACCUUUAGAGUAGAUAUAUUUUUGUCAAAGCACCCCAUCCUUCCUCGAUUUAAAUUUCAAUAUUGUUCCUGGAGAUAUUUCUGUAUAUUAAUGGUACCUUUUUUAAAAGAAACAGAAAAUUACUUUUUUCUAUAUAAAUUAAUAUCUUACUUGAUCUGCUUUUCCUUGACUUUCCCUUAGAGAGGGGGUAGGGUUGGGUCAGUUUACUGGAUAUGACUGUUUUCAGAUACUUAUAAACCUUUUUGUAGAUAUGCUUAAUUUUUAAGCGAUUAGGCACUGAGAGUAGCAGAAAUCCUGCAAAGCUUUAUAGUUCACUAGGCAUUUGCCUUUGUUGGUUCUCUGAGUGAUGUCUCAAUUUGAGUAGCUAGAAUUUUCCCUGAAUCUACUAGAAGGAGUAUCAGUAUUUUCAGGUAACAAAGUCUGUUAGCACAACAAAAAUUUCAGACCAAUAUCUUACUGUAUUGGGGUUGGGUUUUUUCCUUAUUUGUUUUGUUUUAAUUUUUAUUAAUUUCAGCUGCUUUCAUUUUGGAAAAUCUUAUUGCUAUUGUGUGUACUUCAGUAUACCAGCAAACACUGUUACCUGUUAAAACAUUGUCCACAAAUGCCUCUAGAGAAGAAAUUGUUGCACCUUAUGUAUAUCUCAAGCAAACCAAAAUAUGAUGCUUUUCUGCUUUGUUUAUUCUGAAUAUGUUGUAUCAUACUUUACUGAACCCAUUUUAACUUAGCUAAAGCUAUCAAUAUUUAUGCAUUUCACAUUAUUUUCUGGAUCUGAACCUGUGUAUAAAUCUUUCUUUAAAAAAAAAAAAAGACAAGCAUUUACUGUAGUCGUCCUCUGUGACUUAUCCAUGGGAGGGGGGAAUCUUGUCUCAAGUGUAAAAUGCAGUACUGUCCCAGUUUUCCUUGGCUUUUAUUUAUUUAGUCAUCUUCGAUAUUUCAUAUGUAGUUUUAAGGUAAACAAAAUACAUUGUCGUAGCUGAAGCUACAGAUCUAAGCAGCUGGGAGAAAAUUACUGUAAUGUCUUCUUAAUUGUUCUAGUACUGUAUACAAAUAUGGGAAAAACGUUCUGCAGAACAUUUGAGAUGCAGAUUCUUAUCCCCACAGUAGGCUGUUUUCCACAUAUUAGACCAAAUCAAUCAAAACUCCAUGAUCUUAUAGGUCCUUUCUGACUAAAUGAUUCUAAAAACAUCUAUGGAGAUUAUUUAGUGCUCUGCUUAUGGCAGUACCUACCCCUUGAAUGUGCUGUGAUUUCAGAAAAGAAUAUAUUUAUUUAAGAUGACUGAGUGCUCUUUUAUACUGAUACAGUAUCCCAAAGUCAUGAGCAAGAGACUUCUUGGUAGUUUGGGUUUCUAUUUUAUAGCAUUGUUGCAUGACUUUUGAAAUUUAAGUGAUAAGCAUUGUUGGAAAGGGGCACAGGAACAAGGGACUGGUAGAAGUGUGUGAAUUUGUGGUGUUUAAAUUUCAGCUUUGGUCUUUAUUAUUUGAGUGAAAGCUGCCUCUGUAGCACAAGGCUGAGAAGAGCAUUCUGCAGUUUGUAUCACGUAGAGAGUUGUAACUCACAUCAGGAACAAGGGAAUGCCUUAUAGUUUGGAUGCUGUCUUUUACAACAGGAUAAUAAAUUGAAGCAGUUUUAAUUUCCACUGCCUAUUUAGCUACUGUACAGAUACUGAACAGACUGAAGGCAACAGUUAUAGACUUGUGAAAGCUGAGAGAGCAUGAAAGGAAAGCUGGCCUUUAUUCUCAGUAUGGCAACAAAGGGGAAUUAGAAAAAAAGAUAGAUGUAUAUUUAUACGUGUGUGUGUGUGUGUGUGUGUGUGUGUGUGUGUGCGCCUGCCUGGGUGUGUACAUUCUGCAAAAAAAAUAAUGUAGGAAAACCAGAGACAUGAUGGGUCUACAAGACACUAUGAUGUAUGUUGACCCUUUUUAGUGCACUCCCUUUUUUUGAAUGCUGAGUCUAAUAUGGCUACCUCUCCUAAAAGACUACUUUCGUUAACUUCCAUUUGCUUUCGUGCUUGAUCAUGUAAUCUUUUUGGCCAUUGAUACCAUUUGUAUAUUGCUGUGUGCUUUAUUUUCCAAGAGCAACAUUUAUAUAGUGCAGAAAAUGUAAAGGCUGAAUAUAUGGUGGUAGCCAAACUAUGUUGCUGGAGCUUUUUUAUUUAUCUUCUGCCAUAGUCAUAUGGGUUGCAGGACGUGGGCCCACUAGCUCUCCUUGGUUCAGUGAGAUCAGAUUUUGUAACAGCAGCAAAUGCAGCAAUCCUGGGGUGGUGGGCUUCUGAUGUUUCUGUAGGUGACAGAGUAAGCCAAGAGCUGCUCUUGAAACUUCUUCUGGAGUUUACGUUUGCAAUCCUGAUUUCACAAGGAAACAUAACUGUGCAACUUGUGUGUUGUAUUCCAUACAUUAUCCAUUAGAUGCUGUCUGUUUGCCGUGCUUGUUUGAUAGAUUGUAGAGCUCCUAGGUGUCUUUGCCAUGUUUUGUAAUACUCGUGGCAUUCUCCUUACCUUGUACAUAUUGUGGAACUGUCAACUAGAGCUGCCAGGAUGCUGAGGCAUUUCAGGACACUGAGUGCCAUGAACGAGUCCAUUUAGGCUGUGAAAGAGUUACUUGCCUCCUCCUCUGAAUUCCCCAGUAAAAAGGCGCAGUGAGGUUUAUGCUGUCACCUAAGUACUAUUAUACUCAUUUAUAUACUCAUGAAUUGACAACUUUGAAGAAGCUUAUGAGAUAGAUGUAUAUUUUAUGUUCCCCCACUAAUUCUUUGAAGGCAGAAAUCUAGAAAGACUUGACAUGAGAUCUCCACUCAGCAACACACCUAAGCUUAGGCUGGAAACCCUCCUUACUUAAGGGGCAGCAUUGUUGGCACUGUGACAGUGCAGGAGCCCCGAUCACGGACCACUACGCUCUUGGAGUUAAGCUUGGGCUUGCGUGAUGUUCCUGGGGGAGGCACGUCACUGUGACCUAGGGCCUUCAUUCAGAUGGAAUUUUUAAAAUGACUGCAAAUAGCCUAACAUUUGUUGAGUUCUUCCAAAGAAUUCCAUUGUAGUUUCAGGGUCUUGACUGUUAGCACAUACCAGCAGACCCUCAGUGUACUCUACUAGAAAAACCACACCUGUUCAGGUUAACUAACCAGGAUUCCGAAUGUAAUGGUCUAGUCUACUCUUUCCACCUCCACAACUGAAACCGUGUUUUCCCCUUCAUACUGCUACACUUUAAUCAGUGAUUGGGUCUUUGAAGGUGACAAAAGCAAGAGAGGCAUGUAUGUACAUGUGUCUGCACAUAUGUAUAUGUAUACAUACACACGUGGGAGUGCAGUGACUUGCAACAUGUACUCUGUACAAAAGUGUUGCCACGUUAGAUCAUAAAACAACUUGAGGUUUCUUAGAUGAUAGUUUUCCAACUUUCUUGCUAGAUUUUGGUCUCUUCCCUACACAUUACACCUUAAGGUUUGAGUUUCAAAAAUCACACCUGAAAAAAGCACGGAUCCUGCUGACCUGGAUGCUGCAAAAACCUUCUUUCUCAGCAGUGCUUGCUUUUAAUAGCCAGAAUCUGUUGACAGUUUUAACACAACUGAUUUGCCAUGAAUUUUCUUCUUAGAGCCCAAUCCUUCAACUUCUAUUCUCACAUGUAUUUCCAGUGAAUUUUGACCUAGUAUUUGGCUUUAUUCUCUCCGAAGUUUGGUGUAAACAUGCCUUACAAUAGUUCAUCUCCAUCAAUGGUAUAACAGAGCUACUGCCUUCUUAGAUGUGUGUAGAUAAGUCAAUGAGCACAUUUAUAGAAUGUCAUACUUUCUUCGAAAACCUCUAAUUUGAUACUUUUAAGUGCACAUGUUAAGUCAUGUGUAUAACAUGCUAAAGUACAUUAAACUGUGAUAAUGCAACUGAAUAAAAUAUUUAAUAAAAUAUUUGAAAUAUUUGAUAAGGACCUUUAAAUAGAUUUCUUUAUGUUCAUUCUAUUUUGGUUACCUAGUGUGUGCCUGUAAACAGUUUCCCGUUUAAAACUAAUGAUUGCAAAUAAAUACUAUUCAAAUGGA